AUGGCGCUGGCCAACGAGCAGAAAGAACUGCUGUUCAAAAUGCUGGAGGACAUGGGGGAGGACGACUUUAAUAGGUUCAAGUUCUUCACGCACCUGCCUGAAAGCGUACCCGAAAACGCCAAACGGGAAAAAAUUGCCAGCGAGCUGGUGAGGAAGCACGGCGAGAAUGCUCUGAAUGAGGCGAUCAAGAUUCUGGAGAAGAUCGGUAACAAAAACUUGGCUGAAAGGUUGCGUCGCAACAUCCUGGAAAUGAAAGGUGCUGUCUUCUCCGUCCAUGAUGAUGAUCAGAUUGCCAGUUCAAAAUGGAGCCGUAAGAUUGCCAAAAUGAAGAGGGACCUGCAAGACAACCUGCGGACUUUAUACAGCUUUGUUCCCGAGGGCAACACCGAGCGCUGGAAGCAGCAGCCUCUAGUGGAUGUCUACACAGAGCUCGACGUCACCUACGGGUCCGAUGUCAUGCCCGACAAGACACACGAGGUCCUCCAGAUGGAAACGUGCAUUGUGGCCAAGAAGUCCAUCCUGCCGUGCGACAUCUUUAAAAGCGCAGACGGGAAGCAGAGGCCAAUACGCACACUGCUCACUGUCGGUUUCGCGGGAAUUGGGAAAACAUUCCUUGUGCAAAAGUUUGUACGGGACUGGGCCAACGGAAUUACCAACCAGGACCUGCACUUCAUAUUCCCCCUCACCUUUCGUGAGUUGAACAAGGACAAAGGGAAAAGCUUUACGUUGGCCCAGCUCGUCCAACGCAAUGUCUGCGAGAGCAAGCACAUGACCGAGGAGACGCUGAGCAGUAUCUUUUCUGGCUUCAGCGAGAUCAAGAUCUUGUUUGUCCUGGAUGGACUGGACGAGUGCAACUUCGAAAUGGACUUUAAGAAUGAAACCAAGGUGGAUAUCAAUGUAAAGGAUGCCUACCCGCUGGAGGUGCUCCUGGCACACCUCGUCAGAGGGAACCUGCUUACCUGCGCCCGGGUUUGGAUCACCACGCGACCCGCGACAGCCCGCGAUAUCCCCUCUGACCUCAUCGACAGCAGAACUAAGGUGAGAGGAUUCAGCGAUUUCCGGAGGCUGGAGUACUUCAGGAAAAGGUUCCCAAAUAGGGAGCGCAUCAUUGAGCACAUCCGGAAAUCUCGCACCAUUUUUUUCAUGUGCCACAUGCCCAUCUUCUGCUGGCUUAUCGCCACAGUUCUACAGGAUCAUUUGGACAAAGGAAUGGAGGGAGAGCUUCCCACAACGCUGACUGAUAUAUACACAGAGUAUGCGUUUAACCACCUUGAAAAUUCCAAUGAGAGACAAACUACGAAGUACAUCCAUUACGUGAAAGCGUUAGCAAAGCUGGCCUUUCACCACACCAUGAAUAGGCGUCAAAUCUUCUACGAGAAGGACCUGUUCGACUGCGGCUUUGAUUACGGCCAAGCCGCAAAACACUGCGGUUUGUUCAGUGUGGUGUUUAAGGAGGUACUUCCGCUGAGGAGAAACCAACAGGGCAAGAUGUUUCAGUUCGUCCAUUUGACCAUCCAGGAGUAUCUGGCCGCACUGUAUGUGGUAAUGAGCCUCUUCCACGACAACAAGAAUGUACUAGCUGAAUCAGAGCUGGCACAGGGAUGUGUUUCCAUUCCAAUCAUUCAGGUACACAAGUCAGCUCUCCAGAAAGCCUCUGAAAGUGAAGGUUACCUGGACCUGUUCCUUCGCUUCCUCUUUGGCCUUUCCUUGCAUUGCAACCAGGAACUAGUGGGGGAACUGCUGAAGGCUCCUAAGGACAGCGAGCAAAGCAAGUCGGACACAGUUGAGUUGAUCAAGGAAAGGAUAAAACAAAACACUCCAGAGAAGAACAUUAACUUGUUCUACUGCCUAAACGAGCUGAAUGACCACUCCUUGCUAAAGUACCUCCAACAGGAAAGAAAUUCAGGCCGUCUCUCCUGGAGCGAAAUGCCAAAUGACAUGUGGUCAGCUCUGGCCUUCUUCUUACUGACCUCUGACGAAGCCAUGAAUUCCUUCAACCUUCAGGAGUACUCCGGAUCGGCAUUGGGGCUCGAGAUGCUACUGUCAGUUGUCAAGGCUUCUCAAAAAUCUGUGCUACAUGGUUGUAACUUGGACAAACGCAGCUGUCACCUGCUGGCCUCCGUUCUCAGCUCUCCAUCCAACCUGAGGCAUCUGCACCUAAGCCUUAACAGUCUGUCGGACGAUGGGGUCGAUAUCCUCUCGAAAGGACUGGCCAGCCCACACUGCAUCUUAGAAGUCCUCAAGCUGUCACUGUGCAAGAUCACAGAGAAAGGAUGCAAUUCCUUGGCCAAGGCUCUCGAAUUAAACCUGUCCCAUCUUCAAGAGUUGGACCUGUGGGGCAACAAUCUUUUGGACGGUGGGGUUGAGAUCCUCUCAGAAGGACUGGCCAGCCCACACUGCAUCUUAAAAGUACUCAAUCUGAGAUCAUGUAAAAUAACAGCGAAAGGAUGCGUUUCGUUAGCCAAGGUUCUCAAGUUAAACCCCUCCCAUCUUCAUGAGCUGCACUUGAGCGACAACAGUCUGUCAGACGAGGGGGUCGAGAUCCUCUUGAAAGGACUGGCCAGCCCACACUGCAACUUAAAAGUCCUCGACCUACAUGACUGCAAGAUCACGAAGCAAGGAUGUGUUUCAUUGGCUGAGACUCUCAAGUUAAAACCCUCUCAUCUUCAAGAGUUGGACCUAAGCGCGAACAAUCUGUCGGACGAGGGGUUGGAGAAUCUCUCGAAAGGACUGGCCAGCCCAGACUGCGUCUUACAAGUCCUCAGGCUGUCGUCCUGCAAGAUCACGAAGCGAGGGUGCGAUUCAUUGGCCGAGGCUCUCAAGUUAAACCCCACCCAUCUUCAAGAGCUGCAACUGAACUUCAACGAUUUGUCGGACGAGGGGGUCGAGAGCCUCUCGAAAGGGCUGGCUAACCCAGACUGCAACUUAAAGGUCCUCAGGCUGGUUAAGUGCAAGAUCAAGAAGGGAGGAUGUGUUUCAUUGGCUGAGGCUCUCAAGUUAAACCCUUCCCAUCUUCAAGAGCUGGACCUUAACAUAAACAGUCUGUCGGAUGAGGGGGUCAAGAUCCUCUUGGAGGGACUGGUCAGCCCAUACUGCAACUUAAAAGUACUUGGGCUGGUAAAUUGUGGGAUCAAGAAGCAAGGAUGCGUUGCAUUGGCCUCUGCUCUAAAGUUCAAACUCUCCCAUCUUCAAGAGCUGUUCCUGAGCAAAAACACUCUGUCAGACGAGUGUGUCGAGAUCCUCUCGAAAGGAUUGGCUAGCCCACCCUGCAACUUAAAAGUCCUGGAGUAA